AUGCCUCUAUCUCAAGGUCGCAAGCGGAAAGUGCGUGCUGUUUUUGGUCUCGUCGAUGAUGUGUUGGUAACGGGCAGUUCAACUGAGGUGAUUGUGCGCACCAAGAGUGACUUGAAGAGGCGUUUCGAUAUGACUGACAGCGGCAAGUGCGCGUUCGUAUUGGGCAUCGAGCUGGUGAACAACUGUUGA